GUGGUGCCGAGCCGAGAAGGGAGGUUCUGGGGAGAGGCAGGCAGAGCCCGCCGGCCGCCUGCGGCUCAGCGCGGAUUGUGCUGCGUCGCCCGGCUCAGCGUACCCCCGCCUCUGCCCAGGCUUCCGCAAAACUUUUAUUCUCUGGGGCUCCCCGGGGUGUCUGAAGGAAUCGGAGCGCUCGGCCGGCUCUACGCUCCCCUGUCGUGGCGACUGAGGGGACGUGCAUCCCUUGCCCGCUGGGCUCUCGUGCCCCGCGCCUCACCUGCUGCUGAUCCGCUCCUCAGAGCGGCGAGGGGGCACCCGCGGAGAGGCCGCGCGGGCGCCAGCGCCCCCGAAUUCUCCCGCCCACCGCGGUGGACUCGCCCGGCGCAACUUUAACUUGAUUCCUCUAGCCCAGCCCGGGCACCCGCUGCUGCUGCUUUGCUGCCACCGCUGCCGUCUCGGCCGCCGCCUCACAAAGGGGCGCGGGAAGGGAGGCGGCGCGGUCCGCGGGCACAGGCGCCGGUGCGCAAGGCGCGGGCCUCCGUGCCGCCGAGGCCGGGAGACAAAAGGGAAACUGCCUCUGUUCGCCGUGCGGGCUGGGAGCAGCCAGCUCGUCCGCCUCCUGCCCGGCUCCGCGAGCCUCCUCCCCCCACCCCCGGCUGCUGCUCCGCCUCCCUCCCCGCGGGCUGUCCCCGCAGUGCUCCGGGACCCGGCGAGCCUUCGGGGCGCGCGUCGCUGCUGGUGGUUGGGGCUGUAGCGAUAAUAAAUGAUAGAGGAUACAAUGACUUUGCUGUCUCUGCUGGGUCGCAUCAUGCGCUACUUCUUGCUGAGACCCGAGACGCUCUUCCUGCUGUGCAUCAGCUUGGCACUGUGGAGUUACUUCUUCCACACGGACGAGGUGAAGACCAUCGUCAAGUCCAGCCGGGACGCGGUGAAGAUGGUGAAGGGCAAGGUGGCGGAGAUCAUGCAGAAUGAUCGGCUCGGGGGGCUCGACGUGCUGGAGGCCGAGUUUUCCAAGACCUGGGAGUUUAAGAGCCACAACGUGGCCGUGUAUUCCAUCCAGGGCCGGAGAGACCACAUGGAGGACCGAUUCGAAGUUCUUACGGACCUAGCCAACAAGACGCACCCGUCCAUCUUCGGGAUCUUUGACGGACAUGGGGGCGAGACUGCAGCAGAAUAUGUAAAAUCGCGACUCCCAGAGGCCCUCAAACAGCAUCUUCAGGACUAUGAGAAGGACAAAGAAAAUAGUGUUUUGUCGUACCAGACCAUCCUUGAACAGCAGAUUCUGUCAAUUGACAGAGAAAUGCUAGAAAAAUUGACUGUAUCCUACGAUGAAGCAGGUACAACGUGUUUGAUUGCUCUGCUAUCAGAUAAGGACCUCACCGUGGCCAACGUGGGUGACUCAAGAGGGGUCCUGUGUGACAAGGAUGGGAACGCCAUUCCUUUGUCUCAUGAUCAUAAGCCUUACCAACUGAAAGAAAGAAAGAGGAUAAAGAGAGCUGGUGGUUUUAUCAGUUUCAAUGGCUCCUGGAGGGUCCAGGGAAUCCUGGCCAUGUCUCGAUCCCUGGGGGAUUAUCCGCUGAAAAAUCUCAAUGUGGUCAUCCCAGACCCAGAUAUCCUGACCUUUGACCUGGACAAGCUCCAGCCCGAGUUCAUGAUCUUGGCAUCAGAUGGCCUCUGGGAUGCUUUCAGCAAUGAAGAAGCUGUUCGAUUCAUCAAGGAGCGCUUGGAUGAACCUCAUUUUGGGGCUAAGAGCAUAGUUUUACAGUCAUUUUACAGAGGCUGCCCUGACAAUAUAACAGUCAUGGUGGUGAAGUUCAGGAAUAGCAGCAAAACAGAAGAGCAGUGAACCCCUCAGGGUUUCGUCUGCCUUAGACUAAAGGACUUUCAACACACUGGUCUCUUUUAAUGUAGUGAAAGGCGUGGGAGUUACAAUUAGGAUCAUCUACCUAGACAUGGGAUUCCCCCUCCCUGGUGGCCAUAGGUCUAUAUGCAGUAAUGAACAGAGGGUGCUCUCAGCCAAUGUAGCCAAGAGGCUGGAAAAUGGUUUCUUCAUGUUUUUCCAAGUCUUUCAUCUGAUGUUGAAAAUAUAUAAAUAUAUAGCUGUAGAUUCACACGUAUGAAGUGAAUGGCAUAUGUGCCAUAUAUUCUCCCAUUUGAGAUUCUUUUCAAGAUCUCUUACAGGGUUCUCCAGGCAUCAGACUUUGUCCUCUCUUCGGAGCCGUGAACAGAGCAGGCCUCCAGAGCUGCAGGAGACAGGCUUCAGCGUCCCCUGUGAGUCAGGGCUGAUGUGUCAACGCCCGUUGCUGAGAGGCAGAGCUAUCCUGAGAGUGCUUUGUCCUUCUGAGCCCAGGUUUUUCUGCCCAGCAGCAGCCCAGACACAGAUUUGGGAUGGUUUAUUAUUCCAUGGCUGCUCUUAGAGACUGAGAGAAGUGGGGAGGAUGAGAGCUGCCUGCACAGCAGACAUAACCUUUUCCCCUGGCUUCCUUUAUUAGUUAAAUAGACUCUGUGUACCACCUGACCAGUCUUUGUGCGUUUAUCCUAAUUGUGCAUGACCUUAACCUUUUGCUUCUACCUUACCUUAUAUAAUAGGCAGCUGUGAAACUUCACCACCAGACACCACGAUUUUUUGUCUUACCAAGAAACCUGUUCGGGGAAAUGAGUAACGCAAAUCACAAUACCAUAAUUCCUUCAGUCUUUAAGGGUAGAGGAAAAUAGUGGCCAAAUAAGUCACAAUGCCUCUUGGGAAAUCUGUUUGCAUUAGGAGAGAAAGCUGGUGAGGUCACUACCCUGAACUGAGCUCCAGCGGCCAGUUUUUGUGCGGGUUUUUUUUCCUCAGCUAUCCUAUUAGCUUUCAUGUAUCUUUCAAGCAGUGUUCAGCAGCCUCGAACUGCGUGUGUGUUCCCUGAAGCCCAGUACACAGUUCCCAGUGCGGUUUGGCAUUUGGUGAUAAAAUGCUGGCAUGUGCUUCUCCUUGACAGUGGAAAGGCAGCAGCCGGUAACAUUUGGUUGCAGAUCACCGUCCACACUAGGUAGCUUUCCCCAAAGAAAUACAAUCCGUCCCACACCGCCCUGCCCUGUGUUUCGAGGCAACCCAGCUGGCUGGGAAUUCAAGCUCAAACCUGUAUUGUUAAGUGGCUCAGAGUUAUUUCUGUGCAAAGCUUGCUGCUCUUCAUUUCCUAUCUCCAAAGUCAUGUUUCCAAUAUCAGUAUUGUAUAAAUUAAUUGACAGAAAAUGCUGGGUCAUCCUGUUUGCCUGGCUGACGUGGCUCAAGCAACCAAACAAGAUUUUUGUUGUGUCUCCGCCCCUCUGUGUCUGAAAUGUCAAGGUGUCCACCUGGUUUUGUCCUUCUCAAGUGGGCACUUGUCGUUAGAGCUUCUCAAAGGCCCCAUUGCUUGGCCACCUUUGGUCCACGGUGCUCCUCGCCUCCCCGCCCCACCCUUAUUCAACUAUGCAGCUUUCCGGAAGCAGGUUCCAAGGGAGGACCUGGGAGGAUGAAAAGAUUCCCUUAUGGCUGCCAAGGACUGCACACCCUGUCUUGAUUCCUCCAAGCACUUACCUUUCUUUGACUGCAGUGAGAAUUAAUAAUGGUUUCCCAAGAGAUUUGGCUCACUUUGGUAAACUGUAACAUUAGAAUUUCCAACAUUAGAAUCAGAACCCUGAUUUUUUUUUCAGCUAUAGAAUGUUCUAGUACAAAAUAUCUACCACCAUUUUAGAUUGAAGUGUUUGCAUAUUGAGAGACAGUGAGCAUUUGGAUGUGUGUAUCUGGGUGGGGGUCAGUAGAGGAAUGUAGGAGUCAUGCUGGUUGUGCUCAGUGAUGGGACAGUCAAGCCAGGUGGCCCAUGUUUGUUUGGAGAUCUAGGACAUUGUGACUCUGGAGAGUUACCAAAGCCCACCAGGAACAGGCAGUUUCAGCAUGUUGUGCUACACAGUCCGUUUUCCUUUUUUAUUUUUAACUUAACCCUAAUAUUCAUCAUAACAAGAGAAAGAAAUUAUUAAAUUCCAUGAUCAUUGUUAUUGUCUAAAAUGAAAAUAGUAAUGUUUUGGUGAAGACAAAAAAGCAAAGCCACAGUGGAGUCCUGUUUGUUUACCCUGCGCGAUGUCUUCCUAGGCGGCACCAAGUGCAGGACUGUAUGCCUGGGGAAGCCCCCAGCUGAGGUUCA